AGAACCAUAAAUUUGUGCUUUGGGUGGGACCAGGCUUUAAUCAUGGGAAAUUGGUCGGCAUCAAAUGUCAAGUUCCAUGAUCCGAUCAGAGCGAUCCGUUGGAAAAUUCAAAAAGGCGCCCAAUCCCAGGCCAUACCGACGCACGAAGCAGCCAGAAGCAUUAUGCCAUGGUCUGUUAAGAUGUACAAAUCAAAAAUGUAAACAUGAUCAUGGUUAUAAAUUAUGGAAUCGCGACUUGGCUGCA